AAGAGAGCCAAUAAUUUCAUUGCUAGUAGCUAGCUAGCUGUCAUAGUGGCGAAAAUAGGUAGCCUUCGCUUUCCAAUCUCUGGUACCGUACUGCCAGCACUUCCAUGAGAUAAAAACAAAGAUAGAGCAUCAGCCAUCCAACCACAAAAUCCAAACACAACCCAAAAAAGUUUCACACUUUCAUCCUUUUUUGUCAAGUUGAGUUGAAAAAAGUCAGUUGACCAUGGUGGGCCGAAAGCUGCUAAGGCACUUGAGUUCUUCCUUUGCCGAUGAAGAUGGACUUCACGGAUCUUACUCCAAGGCGUUUACAGGCACAGUGGCACAGUCUCCGAAUUGGUCUCCCAAAGUGGGCAGGCAUUUUGCAGCCAGGAAUCGCAAGAACAAGAACAAAAAAGUCAAGACUACUGUAUCCUCCAAGAGCAGCAGCAAUGACAGUGAUCCUGGAGAAUACAAGCCCUUAGUGUCCUUCAUUGUGGUCUACACCAUGAUCUUCUUCAAUGGAUGCUGCUUCACUGCGGUUGUUCCUUCGGUACCCUUUUAUCUAGAAAUUCUCUCGGCUCCUCCUUCCUUUUUAGGUUGGGUUGUCUCCUUCUACAGUGUGGGACAACUCAUUGGAUCUCCGACGGGAGGUUGGUUGGCCGAUAAAAUGUCCGCCAAGUGUCUCCUCACUAUCAGUUCCACACUGGGAUUUGUCUCUUCCGUAAUCUACUCUCUGGCACCCGCCUACAUGUUGAUCCUGGUGGCCCGAUGGCUCACGGGAAUCAGUGCCGGAAUGGAAUUUGCCACGGAACUCGCCUUUAUUGCCAAGAAUACUACCAAAAAGCAACGCACCAUUUACUUGGCAUCGGUCACGGCCGUCAAUGUCGUGGGAUUCAUCCUAGGACCGGCAUUGGCCGGGGCUCUUUCCACCUUGAAUGUCACCAUUAUGGGCAUUACGGUCGACAAGUACACUGGACCGGGAUGGUUAUUGGCCAUUAUGUUUGUCGUCGAUAUCUGUAUGGUGCAAGGAUUGUUCAAAGACAUGGAACUGCCCAAGAAUAAAAAGUCACUACGAUCCUCCUCUACAUCAAGUAGUAGUACCGAAGAACAGAAUGGAUUGUUGGAAAAACAACAGCAAGGCAAGGGCGUUUCUUACGGUGGUGUCUCCCAUGAGGAUGACGAGGAUGACGACGAUGGAGUCGAUGCAGAAACCAAGGAAAUGAUGGCACUCCAACCACUGCGGGAAUCCCAGCGUCCACCUGCCUUGCCACUCGUACUUGGACUCAUCUUUGUCCAGUUCACCGUCAUGUGUGCCUGGUCCGUCCUGGAAACCAUUACGUCGCCAUUGGCGGCUGACUCCUUUGGUUGGGAUGUGCAAGAUUGCAACCUUCUCUUUACGGGCGGAGGUGCCGUAUCGCUAGUGGCGUAUGUCAUCUUUGUCGUCUCCUCCAAAUGGGUACAGGACCGAUGGCUCAUUGUCUAUGCCCUCAUUGUUUGUGUCAUUGGACAAAUGCUAGCCAUUAAUUGGCAUCAACUCGAAUGGGUGCCACAGCCAUUCCUCGACAUUCUGCCCUCCACGUUCCGCAAUCGAUUCGUCGCCGGAUACAUGAUUAUGAAUGCCGGAUUCAUGACCGGACGACCCGUCACAUUUGCCCUCUACUCCAAACUCAUUGGAUCCGAAUAUCAAGGAAAGUACCUCGGAUGGAUGGUGGCCGGAGGAUCGGCGGCACGAACUCUCGGGCCCUUUGCAGCAGUGGCAUUGUAUUACCAAAUCAAAGCGGCGGGUGUUAACUUGUUGGCGCUCUUUGGAUCCGUUGCCAUUUUCCAUGUCGCGUGUCUCUUUUUGGUUUUGGGGCUCUGGAAAUCACUCCUCCCUUCUGCCAGUAUGAUGCAAUCCAUUCGAGCCAGUAUGCGAAUGAGUGACGUCGAUCUCGAUGAAGAAAAGGCCAAUGGUCACGACGAGGAACAUCACACCAAUGGGCACUAACUGAUCGAACGGUGCCAAGGAUGCCUUCUGUGGAAGAGCAAUCGGAAGCAAGUGUCGCUUGCUGUCUCUCGAGCAUCCUCGAGAAUGAUUGAGUCCAUUCGAAUCGGUAGUACCUACACUAUACAUGUCCUGUUAGCCUUCUUGCUACUCUCUCUAGUAGCGAGAACUGAACUUUGUAACCUAAAGUAUAUUGGAAACUAGAAGCGGACUUGUAAGUUCAACAGUUACUGUUCUACCCAAAGCUUCCAGAGCCGGGCUUUGGAUGCAACAACGAUUUGGAUUCCUGGCUAGCUGAAAGCACCACGAAAUCCAACGUUUUCGCCGACUGCGGCUCGAGUCUCUGCCAUCUCGUCUUACCGUACCGGUAUCUACCGGUACCGGCGCGGACCUUAUCCCCACUUUCCACAGAGUGUUUGGUUUCCGGCUCCUUCUAUCCUUGCUACUACCGUACGAGGGUCCGCUGGCUCUGCC